AUGUUAAAAUCUAACAAAGCAGUAGGCCCUGAUGGUAUUAAUGGCAACACUACUAUAAGUUCAUUUAAUGUUUUAAAAGAUAUACUCUUUAAAAUUUUUUCAAUGUCAAUUAAACAGGGAAUUUUUCCACAAGCUCUAAAAUUAGCAAAAGUCAUACCAAUAUUAAAAAGUGGUGACAUUGAGAAUAUAAGUAACUAUCGUCCUGUUUCACUCCUAUCUCUAUUGCCGUGUGACUUUGAUAUAUUGAACAGUAUACAUUCUGAUUUCUAUGGUACUGGAUUGUCUGCAGUCAACAUAUUAUCAAAUGUACUAUAUGGAAGGCCUUAUGGUGGUACUGCGAUAUUGUAUCGCAAAGGUCUUGAAAGCUGUGAUUUUAAUUGUCAUGAAAAGUCAAGGUUUUAUAACAAGUUCUCAAAUCUUGCUGCCGAAAAUAAUCUGGUUAAAUAUGAUAUAAACAGGUUAAAUAAUGCUUUUACCUAUAUCAGUGAUGAUAGUAAGAAUACUACUUGGCUAGGUCAUGUCUUAUGUAGCCAUGCUUUGGAUAAACUAAUUGCAAAUGUUUCAGUAUUAACAGAAGAAAUUGCAUCAGAUUAUUAG